AUGCCUGAGCGGCGGUCUCUUCUUCAAAUGGCUGAGGUGGCCAUUGAAGACGAUCUCCAGUUAUAUAAAGCUCAUGAACGUAUUCGUGCUCUAAACAGGGAACUGCUAAUGCAGAGCGAUGCUUCUGCCCAGAUAAGUGCUGUGCGAAAGAAAUUAGCUCAUUGCAAAGAGAGAGCGCAAGAGAUACUUACUAUGGCAAACAAAAGGAUUGCUUAUUUAUCAGGAAUGUGGAAGGAACAGUCGGCAAAGGAACCUAUCAAAAGCGAUGCGAGCAGUGUUGUCUCAUUAACAAGAACUGCGAUUGAUUCGGGGACAGCAGACCACGGUGCUCAAGAAGUGUUUUCUCGGGCUGUGACAACACUUGAUGCGAUAAGUUCUUCGAACGCACUGAAUGUCGAAACGAAAAAGGAAUCCUCUCGUCUGGCAGACGAUCUUCGGUCAUUUCUAUCCAAAAUUCAGACGUGGGAAAAGGAUGGCACUAUAUUCUCAUCUGCCAAGGAUGCACCUGCUGUUCCACAAACAACAAUAACUGCAACCGCACGAGCAGUAAUUUCAUCGCCCACUGUCGCUACUGCAAAAACUACCCCUGCAGUCGGCGAAACAGGAAUCAUACCCAAACUGGCAGCUCAGUCUGCUGGCAGCGACGUUCUACCACUAAAAAACGAAUCACUCGCAUCCACGAAGCCUACGCCAGCAGUCGCGAUUGAAGAGCCGCAGAAGAAAACAAGCACUACGCAAGUGGUAUCCACAAACUCAAAAGUUAUGUCGGAGCUGAGGACAGCACAGGGCUCUCCAGUCUCCCUUAAAAAUGCUAAGCCAGCUCUCGAUGCUCCACAAGAUGGGUCGAAAUCUCAGCCAUCCAUCGAACCAAAAUGGCUUUGUAGUUUUCAAGCUGGAGAUUUGUUCUGUACUUGUGCUCGGGGUCACGGAGACUUCUACGCGGCGGAGUUCCUAUGUUGUGGAUUAGAUCCAAACAACAUCAUCGCUAGGCUGCAUUCGAAUGCACGGGCGACUGAGAAGAAUUACCUACUGAAGAUUGAUAGGAUCGAUUCAAAGGCGUUGCUCACGGGUGAACCAGAAUGUGACUAUUCAAAGGAAGAAGUACUGGAACUUCUCGCAACUAUAACUGAAGGAAGUUCUGUUGUGUACAGAUCUUCGGCGAAUUCCAAUGCAAAAUCAAACCGAAAAGGUUCGCCAGGGCUCAUCGAGAGAGUUAGCAAUGCAUUUGGAUUGCUCGGUGUCGUUCGUUUUCUUGAGGGUUAUUAUUUGAUUAUUGUCACCAAAGCGAAUAUCAUAGCUAGCUUUGGAUAUCACUCAAUAUUCAAAAUAGCUGAAGUGGCGAUGAUUUCGAUAGCUAUGGACGGGUUGUCCACGUCGACUGAAGAACAACGUUAUGUGAAGAUUUUUCAGUCUGUUGAUCUUUCCACGGAUUUCUACUUCUCUUAUACCUACGAUCUAACUCGUUCGCUACAAGAAAACGUACUAUCAGCCAACUGGACUGAAGAUGGACAACGAUUGCUGAGUUCAGAUCAAAAGUUUGUUUGGAACAGCUUUCUUCUCGAGCCUCUUCGCAGUAAUUUGAUAAGCGAGCGAUGGUUCUUGGAAAUAGUGCAUGGAUUUGUGGGUCAACAACUGAUUGAUCUACCUCUUACCAAACUUUCUUUGACACUGAUUGGUCGACGUUCUGCUGAAUAUGCGGGCACAAGGUUUUUGAAGAGAGGAGCAAAUUUGCGAGGAAGUGUUGCAAAUGACGUGGAAACUGAACAAGUUCUUUGGGAUGUCACUUCAUCCCCGAGUUUCAAAACAGGUCGAUUUUCGUCAUUUGUUCAACGUCGGGGAUCUGUUCCGUUGAGGUGGUCACAAGAUCCAGCUACCAGAGGUGUUGUCGGAAAACCUCUAAUUCUUGUUGAUAUCCACGAGCCGCAUGCACAAACAGCCGGUGCGCAUUUCAGAGAUUUACGUGCGAAAUAUGGCAAUCCUAUCAUUGUGAUGAACUUAGUGAAAAGAAGAGAAAAGAGGAGGCAUGAGAGCUUGUUGCAUGAUCAAUUCUUGAAGGCUGUUAACUACUUGAACCAGUUUCUUCCACCAUCCGAACAUAUCGCAUACAUGAGUUUCGACGUUGCGCGCUGUAACAAAGCAUCUAGUGUCUCGUCAAAUGUUCUCACCAAGAUGGAAGAGAUAGGCUUCAAAGCUGUCCAAGCACAUGGAUGGUUUCAGUCAUUCCCGAUGCCAUAUACCCGGUCUAUGUAUCAUCGCUCUGCCUUGCCGAAUUUCAAACCUGUUUUUUCACCAGAUGGGCGAUUCUUACUUCAGCAUGGCAUAAGUAGAACAAAUUGCGUAGAUUGCUUAGAUCGUACAAAUGUAGCACAGUUUGGCAUCGGGAGGGUAGCACUGGCCUGUCAACUCUAUGCUAUGGGUGUCCUUGAUUAUCCGUGUUUAUCUUUGCACAGCGAUUUGUCUCGUGCUUUUGAAGAUAUAUUCGACGAUCACGGUGACACGUUGGCCUGGCAGUAUGCCGGUAGUCAAUUGGUACAUUCAAUAAAAACAUAUAAAAAGAUGUCUGCAUUGCAGGAACGAAGUAGAGAUGUUAUCCAAACAUUGUCUCGUUACUACAGUAACACCUUUGGAGACUAUGAUAAACAAGCCGCAAUCAACUUAUUCCUUGGUGUUUUUAGGCCACAAAUCACUAACAGCGUCCCUCUUUGGGACUUGGCCACUGAUUACUAUCUUCAUUUUCCAACCUAUUCAAAGGUUGGUACUGAUUAUUGCGCUUGGAUGUACGAUGAGGAUGAUCUGGAUAGGAUUGUGACGUUGGCUAUAGAAGCGACCGAAGAUUAUACGCUGGAAGAAAACGAAGAUGAGACAAAAACACGAUGCGAUACCUUGGCUACGCGCAUGUCGCUGAAACUUUCAUCUGCGGAUGAUUUUCGUGACUUCUACAGAACGUUCGAGAUGACCUCUCUCGAAAAUCGAGUGAAGGCUCAAAUUAUUUCUGAUGCUCGAGCACUGAGCUUGCAUGGGAUUAAUCAAGAAGGAUCUUCCAGCGGGCAAUUCAUGAAGCUUUUCAAAAGUGAGGUAAAAGAAAAGUCCAAAAAGAGUAAAAAUGGAGAAUCGGAUGAUGAGGAUGACGAAGAGGAACAAGUGGAUGAUGAAGUGGUAGAAUAUGAGCCAGCCUGGGUUAGGUUGGUUAACGGUAACAGUGGGGAGGAAAAACAACACCGAUCCUUGAAGGCUACAGCUAGCUCAACGUCGGAAGGCACAGAACGUCCGGUUUUGGCGGCAGGACUGAAGUUUGCGAGAGAAAUAUAUGGGUUACGCGUACGUGGUCCCUCUUCUGAGACUCGUGCCUUCUACAAAAACUACGUGAACUCAGGCGCUUUUAGAUUUGAUACUAAGGAUUGGAUUAACAACAAGCCUACUCUGUUAACGGACUUGAACAUACCAACUCCUACUCAAAGUGCAACUGCUCGGCCUACAAUAUUUACAACUGACGAUGUAUUUAUGACUUGUCUACCAGAAGUAUCGAAAUCUUCGUUAAAAUUCUAUCAAAAAAGCUUUGUAACUCUGGAUGAUUACUUUGCGAAAAUUGAGUCGCCUGUUUUUGCUGCAUAUCCAGCGGUAUUUUGA